AAAGUUGUCGCAGAUAAGCUGUCAGAUCCAGUUUCACAGAGGAAUGCAUCAUACAAAUCAUCUAAAGACGUCUGUAAUUAUAUUAAUGGAUUGAAAGUUAGUAAGGUGCAGUUGAGUUUACAAGACAUUGAAACAAUUUUAGAUACCCUAAUUUAUGAUGGCAAAGUGGAAAAGUCUGUAGUUGAGUGUGGAUCAACUUCCAGUGAUAGUGGUGGAGAAAAUCUAUACAGGGUUAUCAAACCCCUUGUUCACAGCUGCGGUCUGAUGAGGGUUCCAUGUGGUGUUUGUCCUGUUCACAGUGAAUGUCAAGAAGGUGGUGUUAUUUCCCCUUCAACUUGUCCAUACAUGAAAGAAUGGCUUGAUUUUUGAAGCUAUUUUGUUUUUGAACUGUGAUAUGUACCUGAUAUAUUCAUGAUCAUCAUCAUAUGUAAAUGACUGCACAAUAAUCAUCUGUUUUAAUGCUAUGUUGUCGUAUUAUAAUAUUUUCCUAUACAUUGUUAUUACUAAAGUUUUUAGUACUCCCCUAGUUACUUUUAAAUGUACUAAUAUUUUUAAAUAUUUCUGUUUGUAAUGAAUAGUAAAUACUUAAAUCAGUAUUUUUAACAGUAAAUGCAUUUUAAUGAAUUUCUCUUUCAUAGUAGGUAAAACAUCAGAUUUAUUCAGUGCUUGACCUAAAAAUUAUUAGACAGCCUAGUAGAGUAAAACACAUAAGAAAUGUUUUAGAUCAAUAUUUUAAAUUUGCUAUAACAGGGUUCGUAGUGGUCCUUACAAGUGCUUAUAAGUCCUUAUAUUUGAAAAUAAAAUAUAAGGGCCCUUAUAGGUGCUUACUUUUUCUUUAAAGCCC